AUGGGCAACAAGGAGCCAGAGCCGACAACGACACAACGUCGGGGCAGGGGUUGGGGUUGGGGUUGGAGUCGCGGUGAAGGUGCAGGUUCUCCUCAGGGACAGGGUGGGUGGCCUGCUCCUGCUGGUUACAAUUUUAGCCGCAGUGGUUAUCCCUUGUCUCGCAGAAAUCGCACUAAUGGACCUAACAGGAUCAUUGUAGGAGGCUCCAACAAUUGGAGUUUUGGCUUCAAUUACUGUGAUUGGGCUUUCAAAAUUGGGCCGUAUUAUCUCAAUGAUGUCCUAGUGUUCAAAUAUAGUGCACCAGUAAAUGAGACACCAGGACACAGCAUAUACUUGCUUCCCGACUUCUGGAGCUAA